AUGCCCCCAAUCAACCCUCAAAUCGAAUUUCUACUCGGCUCCGGCCCUCCAAAAGAUUUCGGAAAGAUGGGAACGAUUCGCUGGGCUGCCAAAAAUUCGCCCAAGGACCCCACCCAGACCAGCUUUGCGGGGGAAACGGUGCUGGUGACGGGCUCCAACACGGGGUUAGGGUACCAGGCCGCCCUCAAGUUUGCCGCGUUGGGCGCCUCCAAGUUAAUCCUUGCCGUGCCCACCAUCAGUAAGGGCGAAGAAGCGAAAACAAAGAUCGUGUUGGCAGCGGCAGCUUCAACUUCAACUUCCGCUAGCAACAUCAUCGUCCUGCCUCUCGACAUGGGUGACUUCGCCUCUGUCAAGACCUUUCCUCAUCGACUUCAACAGGCGGGCAUCCACAGGCUGGAUGUCGCCGUGCUGAACGCGGGUAUCGCCCCGACCAGCUACCAGGCCAAUGCCGCCACGGGCUUGGAAUCCGCUCUGCAGAACAGCCAGAUAGAAGGGCAAGGGCCGGCACAGUUAACCCUCACCGGCAGUUUCGCGCACCUUUACCUGAUGAGCAAAGACCUGCCGACCGUGACACCGGGCCAGAGCGUGUUGAAGGCGAUCAAUUCGCCCCAGUUCUUCAACGCGGAGACCUCAUACGCGGUGAUGAAGCUGUUGACUAUGUAUGUGAUGCAAGGCUUGGUCAAGAAUUACGCGGGGCGUGAAGCUAACCCUGAUGUCACUGCUAAUGUGGUCUGUCCGGGCUUGUGCACGACCGAGCUGGGCUGUGACUUUCUGUGGUAUGUUAUGUUGCCGUUGAAAUUGAUGCAGAUGUAUUGUGCGCGAUCGGCCGAGGAGGGUAGUCGCUUGUUGGUCAGUGCGACCUUGUUGGGCACAGCUGGCCAUGGCAAGUUCUGGACUAAUGAUGUCUUUACUAAACCGGGCCCUUUGGUCACGAACGAGGAGGGCAAGGCGCUGCAAGAACAGAUCUGGGCCGAGAUUGUGGAUAUUUGUAACCAGGAAUUGAACUGA